AUGGUGCCUUCCAUAAUCCAUGGUUCCGGGGCGGGCGGGGAGCUGUGGACGGAGGUCGGGGCGGAGGUGGAGGAGGUGCAGCAGGAGGUGGAGAGAGCCAGGGAGCGGAUGGUGCUGGAGUGGGGAGAGGCAGUCACUAGACAGAUCCCUAAGCUCCUCGUCACGCCCGUCCUCGCUAGAGAUGACCGUCACUCCGGAGUCGGAGGGUGGAGGGUGCAGCUGCCGGGAGAGCUGCAGUCGGUGGUGUGGGAGUCCGGCCAGCUGCUGCAGGCUGGCAUCCGGCCUCCUGACCUGGCCACUCACCUCACCCUCCACUACCAGACUCUCCAGACAGCCGCCAUGGGCCUGCAUCUGACCCUCAAGGACUACCAUGCCGUCCUCGAUCAGCUCAGUCCGGUACAGCGGGAACUGCUGAGUGCGGAGCUGGCCGGGGCGGACCGGGUGCUGGCGGCCGGGCAGCGGGUGGUGACCUGGUCCCCGGCGGCCCUCACCCACUUCAGCGCCUCCUGCAGAGACGUCAUCGAACACGUCAGAGCUCUAGCUAAUAAACUAAUCAGUAUCACGGUGCACCUGGAGGACUACCUGGGCGCCAUACACCAGCGGCGCCUCCUGCGUGUGGACCCCUCCAGGGCCCAUUACUCUCGCCACCCUCCCUCACUACAGGAGCUGCUAGAUGUAGGUAGAGAGAGCUGCGACGACUCCAUUGACGAGCUGGUUGAGACCUACGACAAGUUGGUGACUACGCUGGGCUCUGCCGGGCUCUUGCUGGCCGGGGCCGAGGACGGUGCUCCAGAGCCCUUGGCUGCUCACAUCCGCGCGGCUCCGGAGCUCAAAACAAGACUGGCGCCGUUCCUGCUACACUGGAAGCGCAGCAUCCAGGAGGGCAUCACCAUGAUGUUAGUGAACAGCAUUCGUCAGGUGGAGGGCUGGCUGGAAGGUGAAGAAGUGGUGUUUGGUGUCGAGUCAGACUUAACAGCCACGUCGAGUCUGACCCUAACCCCUUCUGCUCGGACGCUCUCCUCCACCCUGGCCCACGCUCUCGGACACACUGUCAGAAGGUGAAGUCAACCUCUUGAUAAUAAACAUAUUUAUGAUUAUAUAAUGCAGACGAGGAAUCACAAUAACGUGGCUGAAAUAUG